CUUCGCUCGGUAUACUCCAGCACAGCUGACCAGAAUCAAGGAGUUUGGGACGCCUUUCUCGACCGCACAAGAGGCUUGAGGGCUUAUAAUGUAACAGAGGAGGUGAAAAUGAAAGAUGAGGAAGUUAAGAAAGCGACACAGAGCGACGACGAGGGGAAAGCAGCCGAGAACGGCGAACUAGUGCGAAUGGAUGGUGACGAUUCGCACGCGGCCAUAGUCAACUCAAAUGGCAAAAGCCGAAAUAAAGCGAAUCGCAAGCGGCGAGGUUCUACUUCUCCUGAGGAGGACAUUAUUGACGGAUUUGCCAUCUCUUCUUAUUCGUCGCUGGAAGCGUUGGAGUCCAAGGGACCCAGCAAACCCGAGCUACUUGUUGAUGGACGCCGAUCUCACAAAAGCUCCAAGCGAAGUAUGGAAAAUGGAAUAAAUGGGAAGAAAAGAAAGUCUGAAAAACGUAGAUCCAGGAUGCAUCAUGAUCCUAAACCUAAAGACACAGAUUCAGAGGAUGAAGCAGGUGUAGAGAGGAAGAAACCUGAGGGUUCUUGGUUCCCUCCCAAGCGAGAAAAAGGAUCAAACACUAGUGACGACAAUUCAGACUCUGCAAGUUCAGACAAAGGUUACUGGUGUGAUACUGAGAGUGAGGGGGAAAGGAUCUCUGAUAAUGAAUCCACAACUACUUCAUCUGCUCCAAACAGUUCAUUGUUGAGUGUGAAGACAACAGUUUCUACUACCAAACCGAGCAGUACUGAAAUGACAGAUAAAGAGGUGGAGAAGAGUGUACCAAAACCAUCAGAGUGGACAAGUUCCACGUCUUCUUCCUUUUCAACUGUAACAACCCAACGUCCCAGCAGCCAUGGUUCGAGUUGUGCUUCCACAAGCUUACAUCUGGCACUGACGACCACCACCACCAUGAGUCACCCCAUGACCCCCACCUUUGGACACGCCCAUCAUGGCAGCUUGUUCCCCCACUUUCCGUCCUUCCAUCCCCACCCCGGCGCCAUAGGAUAUCCUCAUGGACCACCGCCUGGCGAGUCACCUUUUCCGUAUCCAAGUCCUGAAUUUCUCCGUCACGAGCUUAACAACCGUUUCCUGCAGUCACAAGCAGCCGACAGGGUCCCUCCCGGGAUGAGUCCGUCUCAGCUCAUGCAUUACGAGUCUCAUCAACACCAUCACCAACAUCUCCAUCAGCACCAGCAUCAACAUCAGCAUUUCCAUAGCAACGGUGCGCCGGUGGCAACCCCACAGCUUGGAAUCCCUCCUGUUGGCUCAUACAGCCCAGUACCUCCCCCUCUUAUACCAAAGAAACCUGGGAAAUGGUGUGCAGCACAUGUUCAGACAGCAUGGCAAAUUUACUAUCAUCAGCAGAAGGUUCAGGCAGAGUUGCACAAAGACCCUCAUGUUAAACCAGACCAAGUGCCCAUCAGUAGAUCAGGCACUUGCCUCUCGUUGCACUCACGCCCCAGCAAUCAUGAAGCGCCGCCGUAUCACGUCCAUGGUCCAGGAGCCGUUAGUCCAGUCGCUACACCUGCCAUUCCUGCUGCUGCUGGUCCAUUUCUGACAGGAACUCCCAUUCCUACAGCCCACAGUACCAACCAUGGUAUCGCGCACCUCAGUGGGGGAUCCGUAGGCAUUCCGGCGGCCCCGCCUGCUAUUAUGGGACUUGGCGGUAGUCCCGUUGGGGGAUUGAGAUCGGGUCUCGGCGCAUCUAUUUCCAGUCCUUUUCGAAGCAUCGGGAACAGUAGUUUCAGCGGACUGGGCAGCUCACUAGGCCUGGGUUCUAGCUUCAGCAGUGUUCAUGGAGUGAAACCCGAGUGGAAUCGUAUGUCAAGCAGUCCAGCAUCCUAUCAUUCCUGGCUGAGCCGUGAGACGGAACGAGAAAAAGAAAGAGAAAAUGAGCGUGAAAGAGAGCGGGAACGUGAUCGAGAACGCGAACGCGAACGCGAACGUGAACGUGACCGUGAACGUGACCGUAGUAGCGAUCGAGAUCAAGAUAGAGAUAAGGAGAGAGGGAUACCCGAUGCAAGGGACAGAGGAAACCUCCUGGCAGGAAAAAUCCAGGAGAGGGAGCGUGCAUCACUUCGUGUCUCUGACGAGGAAGGCGAUAGUAGCCAAAGGCUUCGAGACAGAGAUAAGCCCGUUGAAGGACGAAGAUCGCCGAUCAGACAUUCUCACUCGACUGGUUUUAACAUCGCCAGUCUGACAAGCACAGAACCUAAACCGGAAACGUCUUCUGCGCAGGAAAUGCGCAGCUCGUUCGAGCGCGAGCGAAGCUUAUCGACCUCUGCCACAGUCAGCAGUGUUCUUUCAAGUGGUAGGAGGGAAGAGCCCAAAUUACCUGGUGACAGAAGAUCUUCUGAGGAUCACGAUCUUGUUAUUCUGUCAAGUGACAGACAUAGUGGUGGCCAUUCACAUGGCGUCUUGAGUUUUAUGGACAAACGGAGUAUUUACGAGGACAGAGACAGACCUCGCGAACCAUUCGACCUUGCUCGUUUUGCAGUACGCCCUCCGGUGCCGCACCGUAUCGGUCUAUACCCCCCACCUCAUGCUCAUCCCCACCCGUAUUCCCUUCCCCACAGCCACGCUCAUCCUCACAUUGCCCCUCCCUCUCUCUUUGCACAUGGAGGGUCCUUGGCGAACCCGUACCUCGGUGGUUCCGCCAUGUCAGCAGUUACACACCCGCCAGCCAUGCCGGGAUUUCUUCCUCCACGUGGAAUGCUGGGACUAACACUGCCUGGCUUGGGACCGCGAAGCAGAAGUCCUGGUGAUGUGGUCGCUGCUGAGCACGCGCGAACUGCAUCGGAAAUUCUAUUGGCUGCUGCUCCGGAAGGCAGACCAUAAGCUACACGAUGUACAUAAAAUGCAGUGGGGUGGGGUCGGGGCCUGUUUCGUUGUGGCUCCAAGACUACGUAUGAUAUAAAAUUUGUCAGUUUAAGUUAGGUUUAUUCAUGUAACAUAGCGACUGCUGAUGCGGGAAACGCCGUCAUACUCUUUUACUUGUCUACUAAUCGAUGAUCAGAGGUAGUCACCGAAUUCACUCAUAUAGUAUGACUAUAGUUUGGAAAACGAGAUAUUAAGCGUAUCAUGAACAUGUUUGGCUGAUCUUUUAGACAAGUGGAAGAUUAUAAUUCAUAUUCUUGUUAUUUAUGACUUGAUAAAGCCGGAAACGCCAGCCCUUGCUCAGAAGUAAUGUCGAUACGACUUUUGAUCAAGGGUUGGCCCCUCAAAAACCAGAAUCGUUAAUCUUUUAGGAGAGAAAUUGUCGUUAGUAGAUGAGGGUAAUCUAAGCUCACCAGUGGUUGGCAUUUAUUGAGAAACUUCCAGAAAUUUCCUUGUUCCUUUACAUAAUUGACACAUAUUUGAGAACGCCACAGAAGACGAAGGUAGAUGUUUUGUUGCUGUUUAUGAUAGUUUUACAAAGUUACUAAGCACUUGGGUCGGGGAAAGCAGUUUCCUUUUCGUUAGUAAUACGUCUCUCCAGGAAGUUUACAAGUCCUACUUAUUUCCCGUUAGUAUUUCAAAGAUUUCUUGGACGGGUCCUCUUUUAAGUGCAAAGGUUAACUUCCUAUUACGUGCUACCGUGACGGAGAGAUUACUAAGCUGUGAGAUCGGGUUGACCCGACUGCUAUCACUUUGUAGCCAUACAGACACGCUGAAAGAUUUACAAAAACGAAUAUGAAGGGCAUAUGUGAAUAAGCAACAGACCAAACUGGUUUUUUCCCCCGCGGCGUUGUAUUUUAAAUUCUUGCCAUUUAAAGGCCUUUUGACUCUAGCACAGAGUUAAUUUCAGCACAUUGACCCCGUUUCUGCGGAUUUCGUGUACCAUUUGCAAUUAUUAUCCAAUUUUGCUGUAGAAAAUUUUCUUGUGGAACAUUCAUUGCGACCCUUGCGCAGACUUAUGUACAUUUUGAUAAAUGUAGAACGCCGAUACGAUUAUUUGUAUUUUCCUCAAAAGUACUAUGACAGAGAAAGAAAAAUAUAGAGGAAAUCGAUUUAAGUUUAAGCAAUUCCCAUAUUUACAAGUGAGGAAUUAAAUUAUUUGCCCUCCAAUGUUAA